UUUAUAGUGGGUUCAGCCUGUUCCUCAUUGGCUGGAGCCUGGAGCUGGCCAGCUGGAGCUCAGGUAUGCAGGGCUGAGGAGCACGUCUGAGGAGCUGCCAGGGCUCCGGUUCACCAGUGAGGGCAGGAGGGAGCCAGGCGUCCAGCUCGGGUGAGGUGUUGCUGACGGCCUGCAGUUCCUCACAACCCCACUGGCCCAGGAACAGGCUUCCUGGAAGAGCGUGAGGGAGGAAAGCGGAGUCACUGCCAGGUCCCACCAGUGGGAUCCAAAUCCACUCUCUGGCUUUAAUGGGGAGCAGAUGUGGCGGGGAGGAGGAAGCGCUGGCUGCAGGAAGUUGAAAAGCGCUGGGUUAGCGAAAACUGAGCGGAGAUGAGUCUCUCGGCUGACCUUUGAACCCUCUUCCUUCUGCCUUUACGAGGAGUCACAAGACCGAGGAGCUUCCGUCGAUGAAGUUGUGAGCGGCGCGGCUCCCGACAGCGUCGACAAGUUGGAGGCGGCCGUCCUCUCUCAGGACGAACAUGUCGGUGUAUUUCGACCCGGGCUCGGAUUGUGGAGUGAAUGGCGCCGUCGCCAAGAUGGAGGAUGCCAAGGUGGAGAUCGACGACGGGAGGGAAGCGGAGCCGCCGGACACGCUGCCCCACAAUGUCCGCAGACGGCUGCAGCCUGUGGUCAUGUCGUUCGGGUUCCGGGUCUUCGGCGUGGUCCUCAUCCUGGUGGACUUCGUGCUGGUCGUCGUGGACCUGUCUCUGCCGGCCAGGAGCCGGGACCUGGGAAACGCCCUGGAGGCCGUGUCCCUCACCAUCUCCUUCUUCUUCCUGCUGGACGUGCUCCUCAGGGUCUACAUCCAGGGGUUCCAGUCUUACUUCAGCUCCAAACUGAACAUCGUGGACGCGUGUGUGGUGGGCAUCACCCUGGUGGUCACCAUGAUCUACACCUUCUCCGACCUGUCCGGAGCCAGCCUCAUCCCCAGGGUGGUGUCUUUCCUGCGCUUCCUGAGGAUCAUCAUCCUAGUGAGGGUCUUCAGGUUAGCGGCUCAGAAGAAGGAGCUGGAGAAGGUCACCAGGAGGAUGAUUUCCGAGAACAAGCGGCGUUACCAGAAGGACGGCUUCGACCUGGACCUCACCUACAUCACAGAGCGCGUCAUUGCCAUGUCCUUUCCUUCGUCUGGGAAGCAGUCCUUCUACAGGAAUCCCAUCAAGGAAGUGGCUCGCUUUCUGGACACCAAACACCAGGACCACUACAAAGUGUACAACCUGUGCAGCGAGAAGGGCUACGACCCGCAGUUCUUCCACUACAGGGUGGAGCGGGUCUUCAUCGACGACCACAAUGUUCCGUCCCUGGAGGACAUGCUGAAGUACGUGAGCAGCGUGAGGGAGUGGAUGUCGUCUCACCCGGACAACGUGGUCGCCAUCCACUGUAAAGGCGGGAAAGGCCGCACUGGGACCAUGGUCUGCACCUGGCUCGUCGACAACGAGCAGUUUGAGAGCGCGCAGGAGAGCCUGGAUUAUUUUGGAGAGAGGAGGACCGAUAAGAGCCGCAGCUCCAAGUUCCAGGGGGUGGAGACUCCGUCUCAGAGCAGAUACGUCGGCUACUAUGAAGUCAUGAAGACCCAGUUCAACAGGCAGCUCCCUCCACCCAGAAGCCUCCGGAUCAAAAGCCUGCGCGUCCACUCCAUCGCAGGUGUGGGGAAGGGCGACGGCAGUGACCUGAAGGUGAAGGUCCUGGUGAGGAAGGAGCUGGUGUUUCGCUGCGUCUGUGCCACGCAGGAGAACUGCACGGUGUUUCCCGACGUGGGCAACAACGCGGUGGUCAUCAGCCUCCAGAACGGACCUGUGGUGGAUGGAGAUGUGAAGGUCAUGUUCGAGUCCAGCGCCGGUCUCCCCAAAGGAUACGAAGACGUCCCCUUCUACUUCUGGUUCAACACCUCCUUCGUGUCCGACCACAGGCUCUUCUUACCGCGGGAGGAGCUGGACAACCCGCACAAGCCCAAGACCUGGGACCUGUACAAGGAGGACUUUGCUGUCACAGUGUCCUUCUCCGAGCCAUAAUAAAGCGAUGAAACCUGCGGGAGUUGGAGACCAAGUUUGACGUG